GCUAAAAAUUAAAGGGAAACGUGAGUUCAUGAGGUUCAACUUGCUAGCAACCGCGCUUUGAUUUACAAAGUGAAUUAUGCCAUUUAUUUUACAAUGGCAACUUCUGAGCAUGCAGUGAAGUUUGAAUUGGAGCUUUUCCCCGGAAGUUCUGUUUAUAUUGCUCUUUUCAAAGAUGUGAAAAAUAGUGAGGAACUGAAGAAAAAUAUCAUGGCUGGAGAAAUUGAUGCAGUUCUGUUGUCUCCAAAAAUGAUUGUAGAUCCUUUCCAGCUAUUGGUGGCAGCAAAUAAAGCUCUACACAUCAAGAAAAAUGGACUCAAAAUGAGCACCAGGAAUGUCAACACGGAGGUCCUCUUCAACUUGUCUCCUACAAGAAAUAUCAGUGCAUCUUUCAAGAGGUUCGGCCUUUCUAAAGAGGAUUCCGGUCUUGUUGUAGUCACCCUUGAGGAUGACUCAGGGGAGAAGGUGAAUGCUGUGGAGAGACUGGUUCAAGGUGAUAUUGUACCCCUGGAUGAACUCAGUAACUUCAAUGACUACAGUCUCAUUAAGCAGGUUUACAAAGUGGAUGGAGAGGAGCUAGGUGUGUGUUCUCUACUUGAUGCGGUUGUUAGCAGAAUGGCAACCAAGGACGCAUUAUGAAACAUACUCUUGGCACUAUAAGUAACUUUGGCAUGAGUUGAAGAGUCAUGAAUGUAAGGCAGUAUCAUUAUAUAUUUCCAUUUAGUGAUACUAUGAAUGGAACUGUCUGUAGCAGCUUCCAGCAUCAGAUAAGGCCCUGCCAAUGCCGUGCAGUUUUUUGUUAUUUUUUUUUUUUUAUAAUUUUAGAUUUUACAAUUUUGUUUCUUCAAAAGACAACUAUUGG